UUGAAAAGCGAACCGUGGCUCGGCCUCAUUUCCCGCUCUGGUUCAGGCGCAGGAGGAAGUGUUUUGCUGGAGGAUGAUGACAGAGGUCAGGCUUCGCUAAUGGGCCAGUGAGGAGCGGUGGAGGCGAGGCCGGGCGCCGGCACACACACAUUAACACACUUGAGCCAUCACCAAUCAGCAUAGGGAUCUGAGAAUUGCUCUCACACACCAAACCAGCAGCGUCCGUGGAGAAAACUCUCACGAGCAACUCCUUUAAAACACCGUCAUUGCAAACCAUUGUGGUCUUUAAGCAACAACAGCAAAAACAAAAACAAAAACAAAAACAAAAACAAAACCCAACCACCCAAAACUCUUGACAGGAGCUUUGACGAGAGAGGAUGCCUCAUAAAGGGGGAAGACUUUAACUAGGGGUGCGCAGAUGUGUGAGACCUUUUAUUGUAAGAGUGGACAGACUUCCCAGAUUUCAGAGCCCCAUAUUCGAGCCCCGUGGGAUCCUGCGGCCCCCAGCGAGCCCCAGCAUGCAGAACAGUCACAGCGGAGUGAAUCAGCUCGGUGGUGUCUUUGUCAACGGGCGGCCACUGCCGGACUCCACCCGGCAGAAGAUCGUAGAGCUAGCUCACAGCGGGGCCCGGCCGUGCGACAUUUCCCGAAUUCUGCAGACCCAUGCAGAUGCAAAAGUCCAAGUGCUGGACAAUCAAAACGUGUCCAACGGAUGUGUGAGUAAAAUUCUGGGCAGGUAUUACGAGACUGGCUCCAUCAGACCCAGGGCAAUCGGUGGUAGUAAGCCGAGAGUAGCGACUCCAGAAGUUGUAAGCAAAAUAGCCCAGUAUAAACGGGAGUGCCCGUCCAUCUUUGCUUGGGAAAUCCGAGACAGAUUACUGUCCGAGGGGGUCUGUACCAACGAUAACAUACCAAGUGUGUCAUCAAUAAACAGAGUUCUUCGCAACCUGGCUAGCGAAAAGCAACAGAUGGGCGCAGACGGCAUGUAUGAUAAACUAAGGAUGUUGAAUGGGCAGACCGGAAGCUGGGGCACCCGCCCGGGUUGGUAUCCGGGGACUUCUGUGCCAGGGCAACCUACGCAAGAUGGCUGCCAGCAACAGGAAGGAGGGGGAGAGAAUACCAACUCCAUCAGUUCCAAUGGAGAAGAUUCAGACGAGGCCCAAAUGCGACUUCAGCUGAAGCGGAAGCUGCAAAGAAAUAGAACAUCCUUUACCCAAGAGCAAAUUGAGGCCCUGGAGAAAGAAUUUGAAAGAACCCAUUACCCAGAUGUGUUUGCCCGAGAAAGACUAGCGGCCAAAAUAGAUCUACCUGAAGCAAGAAUACAGGUAUGGUUUUCCAAUCGGAGGGCCAAAUGGAGAAGAGAAGAAAAACUGAGGAAUCAGAGGAGACAGGCCAGCAACACGCCCAGCCACAUCCCCAUCAGCAGUAGUUUCAGCACCAGCGUCUACCAGCCAAUCCCACAGCCCACCACGCCUGUUUCCUCCUUCACCUCUGGCUCCAUGUUGGGCCGGACGGACACAGCCCUCACAAACACGUACAGCGCUCUGCCGCCCAUGCCCAGCUUCACGAUGGCGAAUAACCUGCCUAUGCAACCCCCGGUCCCCAGCCAGACCUCCUCGUACUCCUGCAUGCUGCCCACCAGCCCCUCGGUGAACGGGCGGAGCUACGACGCCUACACGCCCCCCCACAUGCAGACGCACAUGAGCAGUCAGCCCAUGGGCACCUCGGGCGCCACUUCCACAGGACUCAUUUCCCCUGGUGUGUCAGUUCCCGUUCAAGUUCCUGGAAGUGAACCUGAUAUGUCUCAAUAUUGGCCAAGAUUACAGUAAAAAAAAAAAAAAAAAGGAUAUACGGUGUGAAUUCAG